AUGACUUUGUUCGAUGAGAAGAUUGGGGAUGAUCAGUGGGAAGAGUGGAAAAGACGGGUCCUCGACGCAAAAAAAGAGAUUGCGGCCUUUGUCGCCAGUCGCCGGCCAGGACGUGGAGCCGAAGUCCUCGAUUGGUUCCAGGGCUCCUUCAGCUGGGGACUGACCGAAGACAGCCCACAGCAUUUUGGACCGUUCAUCAUCUCAGACUUCGUAGAAGGAAUUCACCUCUCUGAUAUCCUCCGGGAUCCUGCUGAUAAGAAGCGACUCUGCUUGAAUCCUCAAAUUGACGGAAAAACAUUAGAGAAUGUGUUCUCUCAAAUCGCUGAUAUCACACUUCAACUCUUCAAGUUCAAUUUCGAUCACAUCGGAGCCAUUUCAAAUGCCUCUUCUACGGGCUCUUGGUCUGUCAUAAGGAGACCUCUAACCUACAGCAUGAAUGAGCUGGCAACUACAGCAUUUUACCCUGUGGACAAGUUCCCCACGGCACCGUUUGCAUCUGCAGGCGAAUAUUUCCGGUCUCUGGUGUCUAAACAGAAAACGCAUCUCUAG